AUGGAUUGCAAAGUUGAGUUUAACCCCUCGUUUGAGCCCGUAGUUAUAAUUGAGGACGAUAGUGAUGAAGAUUCUAAAGAGUUAAAUGGUGAUUAUGAAAGAGAUCCUCUGGCAACCAACACGGAAGAUCUAAUAAGAUCUAUUGGUCCAGAAAUCUCGAUAAUCCCGGUGAAAAAGAAAAGGCCCCAAAUAAAAAUCAAAUUAUUUGAAAAAGAGUACUCUCCCUCAAAGGACGAUGUUAAAGUACAAAGUGGCUCUAGAGCCCCCAGAACUCAUGUAAGACAAGUAUCUAAAGAUGAAGCCGAGCAAGCAGAAGAAACGUACACAAGAAGAAAAUCUUCCCCAUUAGAAAAGUGCCCAAUCUGUAAAAAGUUCUUUAGACGGAUGAAGACGCAUUUGUUGAAGCAUGAUGGUUAUAUUAGGGCCUCGAACGACCCUCUGAUGUGUAAUUUGUGCAUGAAGGUUUUUAAUACUCACAGUAAUUUGCAAAUACACAUUCGGAGCCAUACUGGUGACAAACCUUAUGUUUGUGAAGUUUGCAACAAGUCAUUUUCUCAGUCAUGCAAUCUGGUGAAUCACAUGAGAACUCAUACUGGUGAAAAACCGUUUAAAUGCCCCCAUUGCGACAAAGCUUUCACACAAUCGGGAAACCUAAACAACCACAUAAGAUUGCAUACGGACGAGAAGCCUUUCAAGUGCCAUUUCUGCGACAAGGCUUUCGUUCAAUCCGGAAAUCUUAGCUCGCACAUCAAAAACAAUCACAAGUUUAAGGAAGAACCCGGUUAUAUAGAACAGUAUUAA